GGCUCCACUAAUAGUUUUUUUUUUUUUUUACAUUAUGUUUGUUGUUAUCUAGUAAUCAAUCUCUAUAACUUGGCUAUAAUCAAAUGUUUAGCAUGAAUACAAGAAAUCCAAAAACAAAAACACAAAAAACUCUUCAUAAAUAGUUAGUUAUAAAGAACAUGUGAGUAUAAAUUUAAAUAACUUAAAUUGUUGCUGACCAUAAGAAAUAACAUGCAGCAUGUUGGUGAGAUAAUUUGAACACGGAGCUGAAAAACUAAUGUUACGCAUUUCUGACUCUGUUUGUCUCCACUUCCUGUUAUGGAAACAACAUUCAAAUGCUUUAAAAUUUUGUGGAAGAAUUUGGUUACAAAUGCAAACAGCUUUCUUUUUUCAUAUCAAACAGGUUGUUAGUUUGUAAAAUGUCACAUUAACGGUGGAAAAAGACGUGGAGUAAUUUACUUUCAAUCGGCCUGAGUAACAUUUAGGAUUUUGUUAGAUUCUUAUCAAACUAAAAUCUUCUGUCCUUCCAAACUCAGGGCAAAAGUUCAACAUUGCUGAAGUGCCCAUUUAAAAAAUAAAAUAAAAUAAUUUAAUGCUAUGCUUCUCUGACAGAGGUUCAGAUCGAACAGAAAUUAUUCUCACUCAAUGCUGUCAAGUACAUAACCUAUGUAAAUUACUGCAACGUUCUAGGAAUUUACAUAUCUGUUGCUAUUUGUGUCCUCAAGUUGACCUAGUUUGGUGCAGCUUCACAUUCUGAAAGAGUUAUGAAUUUCCAUUCUCUGAGAAAAUAAGAGAUGAAUUCAUCCUUUCAUCAAAUGAACAGCAUUAAGUUGUUCUUUGAUUAAACCACCAAGAAAUUUAAACCCACAUUUAUGACUUCUGAAUCAUUCUGUCCCCACAAGAUUACUGCUGUACCAACAUUUAAAGAUGCAGUAUGUAACUUUUAUACUUUUUUUUUUUUUUUAGAUAUUUUAAAAAAAUGUCACUAUGACAGUAUAAUGAGACAGAUAAUCUGUGGUAACUCUGGGGCCGCUGUAGAGAGCCAUGUGCUCAGGUGGAAGAAACUGUUGAUAGGAAAACUAUUAGUAAUGCACUCCAUAAAUCAUAACUUUAUGUUAGAGUGGCAAGUCCUGUUUGCAGCUAGCCCCAAGUCAUGUUGUAGACUCUGUCAACAUGCUGAAUGAGGAGCUAAGAUUCACUUAGUGGUAAAGUUCCUAAAAUAAAUAGCCUUUUCAAUAGCAUUUUAAUUUAUUGUCAAAGGCCAGAGCAAAGGUAACCGAGAAUGAAUACCAUGACUUGAAAAUUGAUGUUUGUAUAUGUUCUUAGUGAAAUUCGACUGAGUUUGAGAAAUUUCACAAAGAAGUUUAGAGACAUAAACCAAAACACUUGCAGCUGUAACUGAUAGAAAGGCUGGAUUACAAAUCUAGACAUCACUAUUCAGAUCUCCAUUUGUUGGAAAAUGUUUAUUCUACUUCACAAUCUGUUUCGUCUUUGUCACAUAAAUCCCAACAAAAUGUGUAUCAGGGACUCUGACACGGCUCAUCUGAAAAAAUGCCUUUAUCUGGACUCAUCUGGUAAUAAAACUGGAUUAGUUCAUCCAUGGAAAAAUAAUAUGCUUCACCUCAAACUUCAGUAAUAUGGGAGAUCUUCUUCAGCGAAGUGCCAGGCUACAUUCACACAUACCAGAGAAAAUCAACUCAGUCAAAAUUCAAACAUGUUUCUUAUCCUGAGCUUUGAAUAUUCCACUUUUACCUCUGGGUGUAAUAUGUUGAGAUCAUGUGCAACACGAAACUAAAUAGCUCGUAUUUAUUUUCAUAAUGAUUUUCGAUCCAAAGAUAAGUCGUACACUGCAGACAUUGUUCAGCGAAGCGGAGCCGUGUUUUAGUCCCAUGAAGCAGGUGGCGGUUCACUCUGCAUAUGAGUCAGUUCCCAGCUUUCUCUUCUGCAUUUCCUCUCCUUCUCACGUCGGAGGCAGAUGCUCUGAUGACAGAUAACAUGCAAAUGGAUUGAGUCCUGUAGAAGAAAGGAGAAGUUGAAACGAUAAUUUAAAAAAACCCCAAAAGAUCAGAAACGGUCACAGAUCUGACUUCCUGAGGAGAAGUUUUAGGCCAAUGUUAGUUUCAGUUCAAGCAGUUUUGAACUCCACAAUGAGGAUAUAUUUUACAACUAUUGUCUGGUUGCUGACAGUCAGUGGAGAUUUACCUGUAGAGAAGGAAAAUGAUGAAGCUUCUCUCAACACUGCUGUUUAUUGGUCACACUGCAACAGUGCAACAGUGGAGCAAACAGCACACACUGGAGAGUCUGUUUCCAUCACCUGCAAAUAUUCACAAGCCACUAAAAACGGCAUCAAACACUUCUGCAGAGUCGACGGAAACUUCAGCUGCACAAUGAUGAUUUCAGCGCAGCAUUCAAACUACACAAAACGGGAAAAGAUUUCCCUCAGCGUUGAUAAACAGCGAGGAUUGUUCGAGGUGAACAUCUUCACGGUGACUCAGGAGGAUUUGGGCAAAUACCGGUGUGGCUUGGAAGAAAACGGUAUAAUCACUUGUUUACAGGAAGUCUUCCUCCGUGUUCUGAACCCGGUUACAGUCCCAACCUACGCCAGAAAGGGAGAGUCACCACCUCAACCUGAGCAGAUUAUACCACCACAAACACGAGUGAGGAUUGACAGAAAUUCUGAUUGUGGCUCCGAUUGUGGUUCUGAUUCUGGUUCUGGGAAGAAACAACAGCUAUUUGUUUCCACCCUUACAUCUCAUUUAGGUGAUGGACAAAAAAAACAACCACCACAACCAGUUGUGUUCCUGCUGUUUGUUUUGUUUGUAGGAAUGAUUGCUGGCAUUGUGUGCGGUGUCGUGAUCGUGGUGGUGCUUGCAGUUGUCUUAAUACUGUGCAGACGGAAACUCUGCAACAGACGAGGGGAAACAUCGGAGCCGGAGAUAAACACAGUACAAAGCGUAGAGAAAAACGACGGAGAUCACCAAUAUGACGAGAUACAGACGCAGAACAAAGAAGCAAACACAGUCUGCACUCUUUAUUCCACAGUGAACCCACCUGCAGACCAGCUGCACUACGCCAGCGUCAAUAUCGAGGGCGGAGAGCCCACCACUGGUAGUGAUCAAAAUGCCUCUGCACACCCUCCAGCACAGACCACUCUCUACUCUACUGUUGCAAAGCUCGGAGAAUAGAGUAGCCAAACUUCCUGUGUGUUUUUUCUGAAACAUGUUGCAGAGAAUUUGAUCUUUUUCUGGGUAGUGGCGUCCCCAAGGGGUGGCCUGGAGGAGGCAUGGCCUCCACUUGAAAAAUGCCGAAAAAUGUAGUUUAUGUCAUUGCAAGGCAUACAGAGUUAUCUUCUUCAAUGAAGACAUAAAUGUAAACAGGCAUAGUAAAUAAUUAAAUGAAAUUCUAUAUUUUCUGUAGCUGUGACUCCCUAAAAUGGGCACCCCAUGAGAAUUUUCAGGGGUGCCAAUGAGACAUGGAGAAAGGGCGGUUCAAACUGCUGCAAGGAUUUUAAAGAAGGAACGUCUUGCAUCAGGGAACCUUUUUGUUUUGUUUUUUUUUGUUACUCCUUACAAGCUGCCAGGAGCAUCAGCUCCAGCCACUUGUGAGGGGCGGAGAAUCUAGAGGAGGGUGAAUCCAGAACUGUGUCCAGCUGAGCUUGAAACCUAUUGUGUUACUGCUACUUCAAGAGGCCGCUGAAUGUAUCGUCUGCAGACUUUAUGGGAUGGUGGACUUGCAGCCAUGAGGUGCUAGGGAACAAUGGGAAAUGUAGGCUGCCACUGGAAUGGACAUGCUGAUUCUUUUUUUGCCUGUGAAUAAGUGGAACUCUGCAGGUCUGGAGUCGGAACUGCAUUUGGAGAUUUUAUUUAACUUUUUAUUUGACUAAUUUCAUACAUUAAUGUCUAUUUUCUGGCUUUUUUAAACUUGAUUUUAGGUACAUUGUUUGACUUUUAUCAAAUAUUGUACCAGAAUUAAAAGCAAAUGUUCCUACAGAAAUAUUUUCCCCUUGUUUUACAUGUUGUACUCUGAACCUGAGUUUCAUAAAUCACACUGAAUUACAACUGGAAAAGAAUAUGUUAGUAUCUUAUUUUUAAGAAAAAAAAUGUAUUUGAUUACCCAGGACAUAUAUUCUUAACAAGACUGAAAUCACAACCCUCCAUAAUAAAUUACACAGAAUUUGCAACAUAAUAUUAAUGUGUAACACUGUGAGCUGGAUUUUUUGUUUACAUUUUUUUAUUGAUUUUAUUUUAGAUUUCCUGCAAUGUUUGGGAUAAUUUCUCCGGCCAUUUUCAGCAUUUUAUAUUAUAUUUUACCCUUUAUAAAUUAGAAGAUAUAA